UUCUUUGGAGUUAUCGAAGACAAAACUGUAACCUCUUCAUACAUUUUUACACUAUUGGGGCAGGUUGAAAACAGAGUACAUGUAUAUUGUUAAUCAAGGCAACACCAGAAAAAUCUACCACUCCUCGAGCUGCUGGUUACAAAAUUGUGUGCUGUUAAAGACAAUGAGUGUCGUUAUUCAGCCUAAUCCAGAAUUCCAGCACAUCCUUCGUAUACUUAAUACUAAUGUUGAUGGCCGUGAAAAAAUUUGGGUAGCACUGACUGCUAUUAAUGGUAUAGGUCGUCGUUUCGCCGUUUUAAUUUGUAAAAAGGCUGACAUCGACUUGUCUAAACGUGCUGGUGAAUUAACCAGUGAACAAAUCGCUAGUUUAGUAGCCAUCAUUUCUCAACCUUUACAAUUCAAGAUACCUUCGUGGUUUGUUAAUAGACAGAAAGAUUUCAAGGAUGGCAAAUACAAUCAUGUUGUAUCCAAUCAACUCGAUGCUGUUUUACGUGAUGAUUUAACACGCCUUAAAAAAAUUCGCUGUCAUCGUGGGUUACGUCAUUAUUGGGGAAUCCGUGUUCGCGGUCAACAUACUAAAACUACUGGUCGUAGAGGACGCACUGUAGGUGUCUCUACAAAAAAAUAGUUGUAGUUUUCCGAAUUUUUUUUUUGUAACAUUCUAUUAGUAACAAAAAAUUGAUUAACAAUAAAAUUCUUUUACAUAAAACAUA